UUGACUCGGAAGUAGCCACAGUAAGUAACGUACUGAAAAUCUGAAAGUGGAGUUGACAUAUUUAACAGGUGUCUCUCAAACCAAUGAUGAAAAUCCCAACAGAAUCCAAAUAAUCAAAGUCAUUGAGUUUCAUGGUAGUGGACCAGUGGUACAACAUUCCAAUUUUAUUUUUUAAAGAAAAUAAAUAAAGGGCAAUUUAUUACACAAUUAAAACGGUACCCAAAAUCAAUUUUCCAGAUUUCUUUUGUGUAAAUUCGUAUAUAUAUAUAUUUCUUCUUCUUGUAUAUAACUUCAAUUUCAAAUGAAGAACCAGUUAGUGAUAUAGCGUGACAAAAUGAAGCUAAACUCACUCCACAGUGGAUCUCAAACCCCAAUUCUCAGACUCAAACCCACUCACUCUCCAAAUGGGUUUCUUCCAAGGUCCAUUAGAGCCUGCGUUUCAUCUCAGGACCUUCAAGGCCAAUCCAUUGCCGUUAUUGGUUUGGGAAAAUCUGGGAAAGCUGCAGUGAAGCUUGCUUUAGCUAGAGGAGCUUCUGUUGUGGCAAUUGACCAUAAUCAAAAUUUGGGUUUGUUAGAGGAAGAUCCUCAUUUUGAGAAGCAUAGUGGUGAUUUAAGAACAGUUCUUGGAAAUUUUGAUGGAGACCUACUUAAUAGUGCUGACAGGGUGGUUGUUUCCCCUGGAGUUCAUCUUGAAAAUUAUGGUCUUAACUCUUUAUGGCAUUCAGGAAAACAGGUAAUGUCUGAGUUGGAUUUUGCUGCAGAAAUUCUUCCAAAGAGUAUUAAGGUUUUAGCAGUGACAGGAACCAAUGGAAAGUCGACUGUUGUUACGUUUGCUGGACAGAUGCUUAGACAACUGGGCAUCGAGGCAUUCGUGGGGGGUAACCUUGGGAAUCCGCUAUCAGAAGCUGCUUUACAAUGUUUGCCAUCAACUUCUUCAGGACACAAGUUUCAGGUUGCUGUGGUUGAGGUUAGCAGUUACCAAAUGGACAUUCCCAACAAGUACUUCUCCCCAUCUGUUGCUGCAGUGCUAAACCUUACACCUGAUCAUUUGGAAAGGCACAAGACAAUGAUGAACUAUGCAAUGACUAAAUCUCGGAUAUUUUCUAACAUGACUGAUGCUAAGUUGGCAAUUCUUCCUUCUGAUAACCACUACUUAAAUGAAGCAAUUGAUGGAUUGAAGUACAAACUUAAUCUUUCUUGGAUAGGAAACUACCCUGGUAUUAAAAUUGAUCUAGAGGAAAAAAUUGCCAACUUAGAAGUUCCUGCCUUAGGGAUUGAUUCUCAGCUAAAGUUAGAUGCAAUGAAAGUUAUCGGAACCCACAACUAUUAUAAUGCUGCUGUUGCUGCACUAUCUAUUGUUGGAUUGGAAAUUGGAGUUGAUGUUGAAGCCAUUGGUUCAACUAUUGAAAAGCUAAGGCCGCCUCUUCACCGUAUGCAAAUUGUAUGCAAUGAUAGCCACGGGAUUACAUGGAUAAAUGACAGUAAAGCAACCAAUGUUGAUGCAACAUAUGCAGGACUAAUGGGUCUAAAGGGGCGAAAGUCUGUAAUUUUACUUGGUGGCGUCGCAAAGGUAUUAGAUGGACAAGACUCUAUUGGCUUCGAACGCUUGGUGGAAGUACUUAACAACCACAGAUGCGUAAUCACAUUCGGAUCGUCAGGUGCGUUAAUUCAGAGUACAUUGUCUGAUGCUGGUCUUGAAAUUCCAUGUCUUAGAGCUUCAAAUCUGGUUGAAGCUGUUCAUUUUGCUAGGAGGAUGGCAAAUUUCGGAGAUGCCAUUGUACUAAGUCCAGGUUGCGCGAGCUUUGACGAGUUUCGAGACUUUGAGCAAAGGGGAAUGGUUUUUCAGGAACUUGCAUAUGCAUAAUGUUGGCUCCAAAACUAUCUUAGUAGACAUUCACCAGCUUUGCUGUUACCAAACAUUCCCCAUUGAAAAUAGAGCUACCAAUUGUAACAUCCUUUCUUCAGCAAAAAAAAAAAAAAAACGAAGUGUAACAUCCUUUCAUUAUUUUUUUUCUACCUUUUAUAAUUGAUCAAUGUAAGAAGGUUUAGGGUUAGGAUUAUAAUGUAUGAUACUUUUGAUAAGAGUCCUUUGCCACAUUAUAUUUAAAUAGGUGGGUGUUUCUAUGUACACCCCUCUUUUUUUCUCUUUCAUUGAUUUAAUAAUUUGUAAAAAUAUAUUUGUUGCAAUAAUAAAACUUGGUUUUAUAUAA